GAAUCAGGAUCAACAUAAAUAGUUAAUAUACAACCCAAAUAAAUAUUAUUAGGAAUUAAGGAACCUCAUACUACAUUUCAAAUUAUUUCCAUAAAAUAAAAACAAACAAAACAUAAGAAUUAAUCAAACCAGGAGUUUGAUCUCGACCUAAGAGCGAGGGAGAAAAGUCGUAAACAAUGGAACCUUGGAUUCGAGCUCUACUUAUUCUGCUAUUGCUUCCUACAUUAGCAGAGGCCAGGUUGAGGCAUUAUAACUUUGAGGUGGUUAUGAAGAACUACACAAGGCUGUGUUCCACCAAGGCUAUUGCCACCGUCAACGGCAAAUUUCCAGGGCCAACACUCCAUGCAAGGGAGGGUGAUAAUGUUGUUGUCAAAGUCAUCAAUAACAUCAAUUACAAUCUCACUAUACAUUGGCAUGGCAUCCGGCAACUUAGAACGGGGUGGUCAGACGGUCCAGCAUAUAUAACACAAUGCCCUAUAAUUCCAGGACAAAACUAUCUUUACAACUUCACAAUUACAGGGCAAAGAGGAACACUUUUCUGGCACGCACAUAUUUCUUGGCUAAGGGCAACCCUACAUGGAGCCAUUGUUAUCCUGCCUAAGAAAGGCACCCCAUACCCUUUCCCACACCCUGUCAACCAAAAAAUUAUUGUGUUAGGGGAAUGGUGGAAAGCAGAUACAGAGGCAGUGAUUAAUGAAGCAACAAAAUCCGGUAUGCCACCAAAUGUAUCAGAUUCACAUACCAUGAAUGGCCAUACCGGACCUGUUCGAAACUGUUCCAUCUCUACUAAGGGUACUUAUACCUUACAUGUUGAGCAAAACAAAACGUACCUACUACGUAUUAUCAACGCUGCAAUAAACGACGAGCUUUUUUUCAGAAUCGCCGGUCAUAAAUUAACGGUGGUAGAAGUCGAUGCAAGCUACACAAAACCUUUUAUAACAGACACUAUCUACAUAGCCCCUGGACAAACAACAAAUGCCCUUCUUAAAGCCGACCAAUCCCCUGAAAGAAAAUACUUAAUAGGCAUGUCCUCCUUCAUGGACUCACCAGUUGCUGUUGAUAACUCAACCAACUAUGGCCUUUUACGCUACAAGCCUAGCCUAGGUGGCUCGCCCUUUGUUCUCACCGCGAUGCCAUCUUUAAACGCCACACAAGCUCAACGAAACUUCAUCCAUUCUCUUCGAAGUCUUAACUCGAAAAAAUACCCUGCAAAAGUCCCCUUAAGUAUUGAUCAUUCUCUAUUUUUUACCAUGGGUGUUGGGGUUAACCCUUGUGCAACAUGUCUAAAUGGUAGUAAACUUGUUGGUAACAUUAACAAUGUCACGUUUGUUAUGCCGACUAUUUCGUUGCUACAAGCUCAUUAUUAUAAUAUAAGUGGUGUUUUUACGGAUGAUUUUCCAGGGAAGCCUCUUAUAAGUUUUGAUUAUACUACUGUGAAUUAUACUGGCUCUUUGGCUACUAUGAAUGGUACUAAGGUUUAUAGGUUGCCUUUUAAUGCCACGGUCCAAGUUGUGCUACAAGAUACUUCUAUCAUUGCACCAGAAAGCCAUCCGAUCCAUUUACAUGGUACCAAUUUCUUUGUUGUUGGUACGGGGAUUGGUAAUUAUGAUGCAACCAAGGAUUCUAUCAACUUCAAUCUCGUUGAUCCUGUUGAGAGGAAUACUAUAGAUGUGCCUACUGGUGGAUGGACUGUUAUCAGAUUUCUAGCAGAUAAUCCAGGUGUAUGGUUUAUGCAUUGUCAUCUAGAGGUACACACUUCAUGGGGACUAAAGAUGGCAUUUUUAAUAGAGAAUGGCGACGGCCCAAAUGAGUCAAUCAUGGCACCACCAAAAGACCUACCAAAAUGCUAAGUCCUAUUUCAUAGAUUCCGUUGGAAUAUACUCAUUGGACAUCGACAAGAUUCUUUGGAGAUUCUUUUAAAAUAUGCAACCUUUUUGGAGUGUUUUUUAGUGUUCUAUACGUUACACAAGAAAAGACAAAGGUUGUAGGAGUUUGAUUUUCGUAGUUUUCAUACUGCAAAUUAAGCAGCUUGAAAAGGCAUUAGGAGAAGAACGUUACAUGUUGUUUUUACCACUCCCUCUAUACCACUAAGAUUGCUUAGUAUUUUCGAUUUUUUUUAUGUACAUUUCUGCUAUUUUUGAGGAUAAGUCCCCUCACCUUCAUUUGUUGGAUUGUUACUGUUUUGUUUGCUUAAAUUUUUAUGUAAUGACAUGAAGUUUGAAUAUAAUUGUAAUAAAAAGAAGGAUGAUUUUAC